GAAAAAUAACCUUGAACGUAGACUAAUAAUUAUGAAAGGCAUAAUUUGGUUAAUGAAGACAGAAGCUUCUAACUAAAUAUUAUUUAAUAUUCCUUUCUAGUCAACGAAAGUUAACAGUUUGAAAAAUUGUGCCGAUGUGAAUAGGUAUAAUUUGUUGAUCCACAAGGAAAUCAAGUUAAUAGAAAUGAUAAUUUUAGCAAUAUCUGCUAUUUUAAUAUUGUGCAUUUUACUUAGGAUUUAUAUUAGACAAAUUUGUUUUCGAUGUAAAAGCAAUGUGUGUCUUUCUGGUAAAACAGCUUUGAUUACUGGUGGAAGCUUAGGAAUUGGUUAUCACAUAGUUUGUAAUUUGGCAUCGAGAGGUUGCAAAGUUAUAGUGGCCGAUGAAAUAAUAAAUGAAGAAAUAAAAGAUGCCAUCUACAAGGAAACAAAAAGCGACAAAGUUUCGUUUGAAUACGUCGAUCUGGCAUCAUUCGCAUCCGUUCGAAAGCUAGCUGAAAAAAUCAACUCGUCCGUAACUAAAUUGGACAUUUUCAUUUACAACGCGGGCAUCGGCAAGUGCUAUGGUCAGUUGUCAAAAGACGGUUUGAAUAAACCCAUGCAAAUCAAUUAUUACAGCGCUUUUCUUUUAACUCAUCUACUCGUUGGUCUUUUAAAAAAAUCUUCAUCGGCUAGAAUCAUUUUCACCAGUUCUGGAUUAUCCUUUUUUAAUGCAGUAUCCUUAAAAAAGAACAAACUGGAUGUUGAUAUAGGUUCGAUGAUACACGACUAUAAUACUUCGAAAUUUUGUAUGAUUGCGGCUGCGGACAAGUUGAGCAACCUAUUGCAAAAGUACAAUAUUACAUCGAACUCCUACCACCCUGGAAUCGUGAAAACAAGGAUAUUAUCACAAUUUAGAGGAGACGGCAUGCAAACAUGCGAAUGGCUAAUGAAUCAGUUUUUAGUUAUAGCUUCAUUCUUAGCAGGAAAGAGUCCCGAAGAAGGAGCGCAAACCGGCAUACACUUAGCUUGCGCUAAUGAAGUGGAAAAUGUAACAGGAAAGUUUUUCGGGGAAGGAGUUCCACGCUUUAAACCAUACCAAGCUUACAAUAAGAAACUUUGUGAUGCAUUAUGGCGUCAUUCGGAGGAAGUGGUUCAAUUGAAACCAGAAGAAAUGCUAGCUAGUAGCUGACUUUUAUAUUACAUGGUGGAUUAGGAUAUUUUCGACAGAUACGGUUUUUGGUUUUAUCAAUUUAAUAUCGAAUUUCAAUACCAAUAUUGUGUUAAUUCUUUUCAGAUGAAUAGAAAUUUACGCUAUCAGUUUAUCCUUAUGAACUCAUACAGUGGUAACCAAUAGACAAGUUCUUGAAAGUAAACGUAAAAUAAUGCAUUUUUAAUUGUUUAAAUCGGGUACCAUUUGGAAAUCAAUAGGUUAUACCUACUUGAUAUUGACUUUUUU